AUGAGACUCUCCGUCGCUGCCAUCUUCCUCGCCGUUACCGGCAUCAUUGCCGCCCCGGCCCCCGUUGCUGAGCCCAAAGCCGUUGCUGAGCCUGCUCCCGACGGCUAUGGCCAAUACGCCAAGUACGACAAAUACUCCACUCCCAAGGGAGGCUACGGACAGUACGGAGGCUACGGACAGUACGGAGACUACGGCAAGUACAAGAAGGAUCUCAGCGAGCUUCAGGAUGCCAAGGAAUACUCGGACGAGAUGACGGACCUUGAGGAGGACGGACUAGACACGUCAACAGAAGAGACCCCGCUGCUGAGCGGAGGAAGCCAGGGCGCAAACUCGGCAGCAGAGUCCCUCCGCCGCCACCUCACUGACAAAGACACUGAGGCAUCGAUGAGCGAGCGAGCGAUCAACCGUCCACGCUCCAGCUCCUUGGCAGGGGCGUUUACUCGCAUCUUCUCCCCUCUUUCCCGCUCAAACAGUGCCAAGUCAACGACCGGUCACCCCAAGACUUGGGCUGUCUACAACGAGAAUGUGGACGGCGCCGAGCAGGGCCAGAAGUCAAAUAAGGAAAGGUAG